AGUUGGUGGCGCUAACGCACCACCACGCUGCUGGCCAGGCGCUUAGAAACCAGUCAGAUGAUUUCCGGUCACGCCGUUUCUGUGCUCGCGGGCAGCUGUAGGAGAACUCAUGACUGCGCAGGUGACCGUGUUGUUCUUCGCUAAGAGUGCAGAGCUAGCUGGACUAAAGGAGGAGGAGCUUGUUGCUGUUCCAACACCAAUCAGCAGCAAAGACCUGUGGGGUCUGUUGCUACGUAAACAUCCCAGACUGCUGGUUCUGGAGGGUCAGGUGGUCCUGGCGGUGCGUCAGCAGUACGUUGCCAUCUGUGACCAGGUGUUGACUCUGGCAGACGGAGACGAGGUUGCCGUGGUACCGCCGCUGAGUGGAGGAUAGAGGGAAUUUCAGUGAUGUCAGCGGAGGUGAGAGACGUCUUCAAGCUGAGCCGUGAUUGGCUGUCAGUACAGGAAGUGGUGGACACUGUCAGCAGCUCAUCCUGUGGAGCUAUCUCAGUAUUUAUAGGUACGACCCGGGAAGACCAGGUGGACGGCAGAAAGGUGGUUGGUCUGGAGUAUGAGGCAUAUGAGUCCAUGGUCCAGUCGGAGCUCACUAAGCUGUGUGCUGACAUCAGAACUCGCUGGC